AUGGAUGUGCUCUUAGCUAAGAGCAGUGCUCAAUCAGGUGGGCGAGACUCGUGCCGGACACGUGGCACUCGCUGUGGGCUGGGAACUAGUACAGGUGAAGAAGCAAAGGAGUACUUUCGAGACCUUGAAAAACACAAGAAAGAUUUUGUUUGGGAGAACGAUGAAGAUGGUGAGGCAAUUGAACUUGCUUUCAGUAAGAAGAAGAUAGAAGCCCGAAAAAGUUGGCUCCGUCAAUUUGAGCCUGGUACAUUCCUUGAUGAUGUGGACAAACACAUAAAGUACCGUGACUUUGUUCACAAGGAACUGAUAUUGUUCUCAAUAGCAGAUGUUCAGAGAUCAAUUCCAUCCAUGGUUGAUGGAUUGAAACCUGGACAAAGAAAGAUACUUUUCUGUUCUUUCAAGAGGAACUUUAUCAAGGAAGCAAAAGUGGCACAAUUUUGUGGUUAUGUAUCAGAACAUUCAGCUUAUCAUCAUGGAGAGCAGAGCCUUGCUGGUACCAUAAUUGGUAUGGCUCAAGAUUUUGUCGGGAGCAACAAUAUAAAUCUUCUACUACCAAAUGGUCAAUUUGGUACUCGAGGCCAGGGUGGCAAAGAUCAUGCCAGUUCUAGGUACAUUUACACGCAGCUGGCUCCAGUAACAAGAUUUUUGUUUCCGAAAGCAGAUGAUAUUCUACUUAACUAUUUGAAUGAAGAUGGGCAGUCAAUUGAACCUACAUGGUACAUACCAAUCAUACCAAUGGUUUUAGUGAAUGGAAGUGAAGGAAUAGGCACUGGAUGGAGUUCAUUUGUACCUAAUUACAACCCUUUUGACAUUAUUAGAAAUAUUAGGCACUUGUUGAAUGAUGAACCAAUGGAGGCAAUGCAUCCAUGGUAUAAAGGAUUCAUUGGUUCAAUUGAAAAAAAUGUGACGAAGGAUACCGGAAGCUACACUGUUUGCGGAAAUAUAGAGGAGGUGGAUGAGAAUACUUUAAGGAUAACUGAGCUUCCAAUCCGAAAGUGGACCCAAGAUUACAAAGAGUUUUUGGAGUCUGUUUCAGCUGACAAUGAUAAGAGCACAGAUCCUUUCAUCAAGGAGUUCUGCGACAACAGUGGUGGAGAAAUAGUACAUUUCUCAGUUUGUAUGUCAGAGGAGAAACUUCCAGCUGUCAAGCAAGAGGGUUUGCUAAAGAAAUUAAAGCUAUCCACUUCUAUCAGCACAAGUAACAUGCACCUUUUUGAUUCGCGAGGUGUAAUAAAGAAAUAUGACACUCCUGAACAGAUUCUUGAAGAAUUCUUUUAUCUAAGGCUGGAGUUCUAUGACAAAAGAAAAAAAGCUGUGUUGGCCAACCUUGAGAAGGAGAUGUUGAAAUGUGACAACAAGUGUAGAUUUAUACAAGGUGUUGUUGAAGGUAGCAUCAUUGUGAGCAACAGGAAAAGGGCUGAUUUGGUUCUUGAGUUGAAGGCAAAGGGUUUCACUCCUUUUCCUAAGAAGGAAAAUGCUCCAGAAGUUUCUGUAGCUGGCGCAUCUAAUGAUGCGGAGGAAUCUGAAGAGUCCAGUGAAGUGCCAAUAGGGCAGGGUGUUUCUUCUAGUGAUUAUGACUACUUGCUGUUGUUAUCAAUUAAUACCUUAACUCUUGAAAAGAUGCAAGAGUUGCUUGCUGAGAGGGAAAAGCGUGUGGCAGAAGUUGAAGACCUGAAAUCAACAUCAGUGAAGAUGUUGUGGAUGAGAGAUAUUGAUGCUUUGGAAGCCAAACUUGUUGAGGAAUUAAAUAAAUAUGAGAAAAAAUGGGAGGAGGAUAGAAAAAGGAUACAUGAUGGUGCAUAUGCAAAAGGACCACAAAAAAAUCCGCGAAAGAAGACCCAGAAGACAACAACCAAGAAGGAACCUGCUGAAGAUCCUAUGGAAGUUUCUCAGAAUACUAUGCCUCAAACUGAUAAAGCUGCCGAAGUCAAGAAACCGAGAGGCAGGGCACCUGCUAAGAAGAAGGCACCAGCUGCUAAGGUCACUUCAACUGCUGAUGAAGAUGAAGAUGAAAUAUCUGAUCUUAGACAGAGAAUGGCUGCUUACAAUUUUAACUCUUCUCCUGAUCGUUCAGAAGAUAUGGAAUCAGAGGUGUCCCAGGUGCCAACUAACAAUCAAGCAGCCAAAAGGGAUGUUACAAAGAAGACGACGUUAUCAAGUGUUUCGGAGAUUGAUGACAGUGAUGAUGAUAUUGUGGAAAUCAUUGAUGAUGAUUUUGAGACUGAAGAGAAGAAAAAGAAGGGCGGUAGGAAACCAGCAAACGGCAAAGCUGUAGGCAAACCCCCUCCAGCUGCGACGAAGAAAAGAGCUCCAGCAAGCAAAAAACCUCAGCUUGUUGGGCAGAAGCUGAUCACCCAAGUACUGAAGCCUGCAGAAGUUUCUCCGGAUAAGAAAGUGAGGAAGAUGAGAGCAUCACCAUUUAACAAGAAGAGUGGUUCUAUUCUUGGAAGGACUAUCAAUGUUGAUGAUGAUGAAGAAGAGGAUGCUUCAGAAGCCUCUGCUUCUACUUUGGGAAGUGCGACUGAUGCAGCCCCGUCAGUGGUUAGACCAAAGAGGGCCAACCGGGCUCAGAUGAAGUAUGUCAUAAGUGAUUCUGAGAGUGAUCAGGCUGAUGAUGAUGAUGACACUGCUCAUGAAGAAGACUCUGACUUCAAUGACGAUGAAGAUUAGAUUACUUUUACUUGAUCCGGGACAAGGCUAAGGUGUGUAUAUGUAUGAGUCCUUGACUUUGCAUCAUGUUAUGGAAUUCACCUGCCUAUCUGUGUCUUUACUGUGGCAAUUGGUUCCUCAAUUGAAACUUCUGUUGCAUAUUUUUGUUAGAAAUAGAAGUAAGUUGAGAUU